CUACAUAUAUUGGUAUGGUAUCCUAAAAGCGGUGAAAAAGAGCAAAAGCAAAAAGUGGGUAACAAGAACAAUUCUCAAGUUUUUUUUUGGAACUGUCCAUCAAAAUCAAAUCAACCAAAACAUUACCGCGAAAUAAGGAACAAGCUAUUGAGCUUCGUCUCACUACACUGUAUUGUCUCUUUUCCAAUUCCAACAUUUUCUCAACCUCUCCCAUAAUCUUUUUCAACCAACACAUGUCUUAACACACCAACUUCUAAUUGGGUUCUUAAUUUUUCUCUUAAAUUUCUUGUCUUUAUAGUUUUUUAUGACUGCCCUUUUUAUUGUUGAACAUUUUUCACCUUCAAUUAACAACCUUUAUUAAAAGGGUAGUGUAAGAUCUAAUUUUUUUUUUAUAUAUGGUGGUUGAAAAUUUGCCAACCCUUUAAUGUUUUUAUUGAAAUUUUGGAAAAAAGCUUGAAUUUUUUGCAAGUUUUUGUUGUUGAGUUGUUGAAAAUGGAAGCAAGGAUGAAGAAGUAUAGGCAACAAGUGAGUCCUGAGAGGUCCAAAGUUUGGAAGGAAAAGUCUCCAAAGUAUUAUCAGAACAGGAAGGUUCCUGUUGUUUACUAUCUUUGCAGGAAUAGACAGUUAGAACAUCCUCAUUUCAUGGAGGUUUCAAUUUCUUCCCCUGAUGGUUUGUUCUUGAGAGAUGUGAUUGAUAAACUUGAUGCUUUGAGAGGUAGAGGCAUGGCUUCCUUGUAUUCAUGGUCUUGUAAGAGAAGCUACAGAAAUGGAUAUGUGUGGCAUGAUCUUAGUGAAGAUGAUAUAAUUCUACCUGCACAUGGUGAUGAGUAUGUCCUCAAAGGUUCUGAGUUGUUUUGUGAAUCAAAUUCAGACCGGUUUAGCCCUAUUAGAAAUGUGAAACUAGAGAGCCUAAAGCGGUUGCCGGAGCCGGUUUCAUGUAGGAGCCAUGAUGAGGCUUCUUCCUCUUCUAGCAUGAAUGAAAGAGAGGGUAGAAACUCUCAAGAAGAUGAGAUUUCUCCAAGACAAGAUACUGGUUCCUCCGAUGUUUCGCCCGAGUCUAGAGCCGGAAAGAAUGAUUCUCAAAGUUUACCAUUGACAGAAUACAAAAUCUACAAGACUGAUGGAUUGGCAGAUGCUUCAACUCAAACCGAAGAAUGUGUUAGUGGAUCUCAAACACAGAAAACUUGUACUAGAGGUGUAUCAACCGAGGAUCGAUUAUUAGAAUGUGAUUCUGGAUGCCAUGAAAUAUGUGAAACUCAAGUGACACAAGUGAAAGUUGAUUCAAAAAUCGGUAGGAAUGUUGUUUCUCCUCCUAUCUCGACUUCGAGUCCAUCGUCUUCUGGAGGGAAGACCGAAACUUUGGAAUCACUUAUAAGAGCUGAUGCAAGUAGAAUGAAUAGCUUUAGGAUCCUAGAAGAGGAUGGUAUUCCAAUGCAGACCAAUACAAGAUUGAAGGCCUCAAAUUUGCUGAUGCAAUUGAUCUCGUGCGGGUCUAUAUCGGUGAAAAACCACAGUCUUGACCUUAUUCCUUCCUAUAAUGCAAGAUUUUCGCAUUCGAAAUUUCCAUCCCCAUUGUUCUCAACUUCUGUUAUGUUGGGGGAAUUAGACUGCAUAGGAGGGAAUCCAAAGGCGAUGAGUCUCAGAAUGGAUGACAAAGAGUAUUUUAGUGGGAGCUUAGUCGAGUCUAAAACGGCAAACGAAGAAAAUGGACAUAAUGUUCUUAAACGCUCUUCUUCCUUCGAAGCUGAGAGGACGAGUAAAGAGUUGAAAUCACAAAACAUGGAAGAAUCAUCAUCAUUGAUAAAUUCAAAUUGUAGUUCACGGCCAGCUAAGGCUUCUCCAAUGACAAAGCCCUCAAGUGAAUCCAUUAGAUCUCCUAUUUCUGACGGGCCAAGAAACUCCGCGGAUAGAAUUACCAACUCGGGCAUAUCGUCAGUACCAUCCAACGGUAGCAGGAAAAGCAUCACUGGACAUUCAUCGGAGAAAAAGCAAUCUUCAAGGCUAGACUCAUUUAGAGAAGAGAAGGUGUUCAAAAUCGAAGAAAGGCUAGCUUCUGGAGCUCGAGUUAUAAUCCAAUCUAAACCAUAUUCCAACACAAACACCAUAUAGCUCUUAAAAAUUUAUGUUUCAUAGGUUUGGCAACUAGAAGAAAAAAAAGGCAGUAUUUUUUUGCUUUUGGUGAAAUGCAACAUGAUGGUGUGUGUAAUUGUAUGUAUAUCUGUGUAUGUUCACAUGUUAUAUUCCAUAAUCUACAAAGUGAAAAUGUUGUGACAGAUUACUCACUGCAAAGUGCAGUGUGUGGUCCCAAUUUUAUGUGCUGGUUAUAGGAACUGCUAUCUGAAAUGAAGUGAUUGCACAAUUUUUUUGUAACUACAGAUACUAUAUACUUUUACAUUUUCUGCUUUUGUUUCUUUCAAA